GUUGAAUACCACCCAAAUGCUGGCAAGCCAACUGUAACAGUGCCAUUUGAUGAGUUCAGUCAAGGCCAUGUACCCAAAUCAUACACCCCUGAUCCCUGCAUGGCUCUGUGGUAUCCAUUUCACACUCAUCUCAAUUUCAACCUUUCAGAAUUCAUCUGUGGGGCUGCUCUUAACAGGGAGCAAACUAAUUUUAUCCUCAAGCUUUCAAGACAUUUUUGUACUGAGGAGUGCACCCUAGAAACUUGCAACAAUCUUGAGAGUACUUGGCAGGCUGCUUCCCAUCACAUGGUGAUGUUUCAGGAAAGUGUAAUAAGUGCACCAUUUGCAGGCAAGAUGAUGGAGUUUGAAGUGCACUAUCAUUCACUGUGGGAUUGGGCUUCUGAUCUUUUGAAGGAUACCAGUGUGGGGCCACAUUUUGUAUUCAAUGCUCAGUUACUCCAGUCACCCCCCCAGGGGACCUAUUAG